AUGUCCUCACAAGCCGCCGGAGGCAUCUCAGAUCCUGGCCUAAUAACGUUGGUCAACAAGCUGCAAGAUGUGUUCACGACGGUCGGUGUCCAGAAUCCUAUCGAUCUUCCUCAAAUAGUGGUCGUGGGCAGUCAGUCAAGUGGGAAGAGUUCCGUGCUGGAGAACAUAGUAGGACGAGACUUUUUACCCCGAGGCACUGGAAUUGUGACGAGAAGGCCGCUCGUUCUUCAGCUCAUUAACCGCGCACCAGCAGCAAAGACAAAUGGGCUCAAGGAUGAGGUAAACACAGAUUCUGAUAAGGAAGCAAACGUCGACGAGUGGGGCGAGUUCCUCCAUAUUCCAGGCCAGAAGUUUUAUGAUUUCAACAAGAUUCGAGACGAGAUUGUUAAGGAGACAGAGGCAAAGACUGGCCGCAAUGCCGGCAUCUCCCCCGCUCCUAUCAACCUCCGAAUAUACUCUCCCAAUGUCCUCACCCUUACACUCGUCGACUUACCCGGUCUGACAAAGGUCCCAGUCGGUGAUCAACCAAGGGAUAUCGAGAGACAGAUCAGGGAGAUGGUGCUCAAGCAGAUCAGCAAACCUAAUGCGAUCAUUCUUGCGGUGACGGGAGCGAACACCGAUUUGGCCAACUCAGAUGGUCUGAAGCUCGCCCGAGAAGUUGACCCCGAAGGGCAAAGGACGAUCGGUGUUCUGACAAAGGUGGAUCUGAUGGACGAGGGAACAGAUGUCGUGGAUAUCUUGGCUGGAAGAAUUAUUCCCCUCCGAUUAGGAUACGUCCCAGUGGUGAACCGGGGGCAGCGGGAUAUUGACAACAGGAAGCCAAUCACCGCCGCGUUGGAUAAUGAGAAGAACUUCUUCGAAAACCACAAGGCAUACCGAAACAAGAGCUCGUACUGCGGAACACCUUACCUGGCGAGGAAGCUGAAUCUUAUCUUAAUGAUGCAUAUCAAGCAGACCCUACCAGAUAUCAAGGCGCGCAUCCAAGCUUCGCUGCAGAAAUACUCUGCAGAACUCCAAAGCCUGGGUGACUCCAUGCUGGGCAACAGCGCAAACAUCGUGCUUAACAUCAUCACCGAAUUCUCGAACGAAUGGCGCACUGUCCUGGAAGGAAAUAAUACCGAAUUAUCGAGUGUUGAGCUUUCAGGAGGUGCUAGAAUCAGUUUCGUUUUCCACGAGCUGUACUCCAAUGGUAUCAAGGCCGUGGAUCCUUUUGACCAAGUCAAGGAUGUCGACAUCAGAACCGUCCUCUACAACUCUUCCGGAUCCUCCCCGUCCCUCUUCGUCGGUACUGCUGCUUUCGAACUCAUUGUCAAGCAACAAAUCAGACGAUUAGAAGAGCCAAGUUUGAAGUGUGUAUCAUUAGUAUACGAUGAGCUUGUCCGUAUUCUCACACAGUUACUGGGGAAGCAACUCUUCCGACGGUACCCCCAGCUAAAGGAGAAAUUCCACGCGGUUGUCAUCGCGUUCUUCAAGAAGGUUAUGGAUCCUACAAACAAGCUCGUCAAAGACUUGGUCUCUAUGGAGUCUUGCUAUAUCAACACCGGACACCCUGACUUUUUGAAUGGUCACAGAGCCAUGGCAAUUGUCAAUGAACGACACAGCCAAUCAAAACCUGUCCAAGUUGAUCCCAAGACAGGAAAACCAAUACCGUCCACACCGGCGCGGGCAGGAAGUCCCCCACUUGAUACGAACGGGUCAGAUGGUGGCUUCUUCGGCAGCUUUUUUGCAUCAAAGAACAAGAAGAAGAUGGCGGCCAUGGAACCUCCACCACCAACCCUGAAGGCAUCUGGCACACUGUCAGAGAGAGAGACCAUCGAGGUUGAGGUCAUCAAACUUCUCAUCAACUCCUACUACAAUAUCGUUAAGAAGACAUUGAUCGAUAUGGUACCCAAGGCAAUCAUGCUGAACCUCGUGCAAUUCACGAAGGAUGAGAUGCAGCGAGAACUUCUUGAGAACAUGUACCGGACUGAUACGCUCGAUGACCUCCUGAAAGAAAGUGACUACACGGUCCGCCGGAGAAAGGAAUGCCAGCAGAUGGUCGAGUCACUAUCCCGCGCAAGCGAGAUUGUCAGCCAGGUACAAUAG